AUGCUCGCAGUCGCGUUUCUCGCGCGCGGCGUCCGCGCGUUCGCGCCGCGCGCCAAGCCGACGCGCCUCGUCGGCCGCGCGCUCGCAGCGGGCGGCGACAUGCCCGCGGACGACGAGGGCUGGCGCACGGAGCUCAGCCCGAACCAGUUCGCGGUUUUACGAAAUAAAGCGACGGAGCCCGCGGGCUUCUCGGAGACGACCGAGGGCGAGUUGGAGCACGAGCUCAAGAAGGACUUCGGGACGAAGUACCCGCAGCUCGGCGCCUACGAGUGCGCCGGCUGCGGCGCGGAGCUCUACUACGCGCGCGCGAAGUUCGACAGCGGCUGCGGCUGGCCCGCGUUCUACGACGGCGUCCCCGGCGCCAUCGAGGAGGUGCCCGACGUCGACGGCUACCGCGUCGAGAUCGUCUGCGCCAAGUGCAAGGGCCACCUGGGGCACGUCUUCAAGGGCGAGGGCUUCCCGUCGCCGACGGACGCGCGGCACUGCGUCAACGGCAUCUCGCUCCGCUACCAGCCGACGUCGUACCAGCCCGACGACGUCGAGGCGCUGCCCGCGCAGUUCGUUCCGAGGGCGGACCCGAGCGGCUUAUCCUAA